GAGUUAAAACAGAAAGAAAUGUGUUCCCCUCACCUGCCAGCCAUACCUGGACACACGGAGUUGCUGUGUCCUGUUGCCCCCUCCUGGAAAGUGGUGGUACUGCAGCUCCCAGGAGGACUACUGGAGAUCCUGACUGGGCUUCCUACACUCUGGGGGUCUUCAUCUGCUUGAGCUGUUCCGGGAUCCACCGCAACAUCCCCCAGGUCAGCAAGGUGAAGUCGGUGCGCCUGGACGCCUGGGACGAUGCCCAAGUGGAGUUCAUGGCCUCCCAUGGGAAUGAAGCUGCCAAAGCUACGUUCGAGUCCAAAGUGCCACCCUUCUACUACCGGCCCACACUGUCCGACUGCCCACUCCUCCGGGAGCAGUGGAUCCGCGCCAAGUAUGAGAGACAGGAGUUCAUCCAGCCCGAGAAGCAGGAGCCGUACUCUGCAGGGUACCGCGAGGGCUUUCUGUGGAAGCGUGGCCGGGACAACGGGCAGUUUUUAAGCCGGAAGUUUGUGCUGACAGAGCGAGAGGGGGCCCUGAAGUACUUCAACAAGAACGAUGCCAAGGAACCAAAGGCCAUCAUGAAGAUUGAGCACUUGAACGCCACCUUCCAGCCAGCCAAGAUCGGCCACCCCCACGGCCUGCAGGUCACCUACCUGAAGGACAACAGCACACGGAACAUAUUCAUUUACCAUGAGGAUGGGAAGGAGAUCGUGGAUUGGUUCAACGCGCUGCGGGCCGCCCGCUUCCACUACUUACAGGUGGCCUUCCCAGGGGCCAGCGAUGCUGAUCUGGUGCCCAAGCUGUCCCGGAACUACCUGAAGGAAGGCUACAUGGAGAAAACAGGGCCCAAGCAAACGGAAGGCUUUCGGAAGCGCUGGUUCACCAUGGAUGACCGGAGGCUCAUGUACUUCAAAGACCCCUUGGACGCCUUCGCCCGUGGGGAGGUCUUCAUCGGCAGCAAGGAGAGCGGCUACACGGUGCUGGAGGGGCUCCCGCCAUCCACGCAGGGCCACCACUGGCCACACGGCAUCACCAUCGUCACACCGGAUCGCAAGUUCCUGUUCACCUGUGAGACUGAGUCAGACCAGAGGGAGUGGGUGGAGGCCUUCCAGAAGGUGGUGGACCGGCCCAUGCUGCCCCAGGAGUAUGCAGUGGAAGCCCACUUCAAGCAUAAACCCUAGCACGAGACAGCUGAGGCCCGAGGACACCGGACUCACAGUGACGCAGCUGACAAGGCAGCUCUGGACCACAGGGCAUAACAGCCUUCCUGCCUUCUGGCCUCCAGCCUCCAGCCUCGCUCCUCCAGGCAGUCUGGGCAUGGCCAAGUGGAGUCGGGCCUCAGCCACUGGGACGUGAUGCUCUGGAACCUUUCCCAGGCAGACCCAGCCCUUGGCCUGGCCUGACCCCACCCCCUCACGCUGCUGCUCAUGCCCAGCCGCCCUGCACCCCUCCCUACCUGCUCCCACAGCUCAGGGGCAGCUCCCUGAACUCUCCAGGCCCCCAGUCCAGCCUGAAGGGACUCCUGGGCCUCAGGACAGGACCACGUGCUGGGCUGUGGGCGGCGGUGGCUGUGGGCCAGGGUCUCACCUUGGGGCCUGCCGCAUGUCUCUAACACCCCCCCCCCUCCCCAAUUAUUUAUUGAGCACCUACUGUAUGUCGGACAUGGGUCAGGGGCUGGAAAAUAGACUCGGUCGUCUUCUGCCUAACCAGCCAGGACUGCUGGGACAGGUUCCAGAACAAUGAAUUCCCAGAUCCUCAUGGCCCCAUGGUCCUCCGUGCUCCCAAAACACCUGAGGGAAGGCCUGGCCAGGGAUCGCCAGGUGCCAUCAGGCGCUGUGCAAUGUGCACGGGGCCUAGGCUGCUCUGUUCUGGGAGGCUGGUGUGGCCACUUCCUCUGCUGUGGGCAUCUGUGUGCCCAGCUUGGUGCUCAGCCCUUCCUGGUGCCCUCUGCCCUGGCCCUGUGGUCAUUAAAUCCUUUGGGGACAAUGGCCAGAGCCCCCAAAGAGGACACCACAGGCGGGGGUGACCCUGCAGCCUCCCCCCCCCUUCCUCCCCCCCCCUCCCGCUUGCUGCUGGCAGGCCAGUAGUGAGAGCCACCUGUAUUUAUUUCUUACCUGACCUCCUUCCUGGGCCGGGCUUCCCUCUCAUGGGACCCUGCAGGGCAGGUCCUGGCGGGCUGGACAGGGCAGGGGCGCACCGGUGGGCAGCCCAGGGGGGCCUGGGAGGAGGCUGAGGUUGGGGGUCCUGCUGCCCUGUGUCACGUCCUGGAAUAAAGUGUGGCUCUGGA